AUGCCGAGCACGACAGGCAAUCCCCUAUACGCCUUGCAGGAUGUUCCAGGGAAAGGAAAAGGUCUCGUCGCAAUCGAAAAGAUCUUCAAGGGCACGCGAAUUCUUUCCGAAGAGCCCAUUAUUACAAUACCUCGCAAUGAACUAAACAGUGAACGGCUACGGACAACUAUUAGCCAGCAAAUUGAUGCCCUCAGCGAACACCAGCGGCAAGGAUUCCUCUCCAUGCACAGCAUCUACCCAUAUGGGAACACUGCUGAGCAGUAUCUCGGCAUCCUUCGGACAAACACCCUCCCGAUUGAUACUGAUGAAAGUGGAGGGGGAAUCUUCCUCGAAGCAUGCCGCAUCAACCACGCCUGUGAUAACAACGCACAGAAGGGCUGGAACGAGAAUACAAUGACACACACAGUCCAUGCUUUGAGAGACAUUAACAAAGGCGAAGAGAUCACGAUAACCUACAUAGUCGUUCUCAGGGACCGCAAAGCCCGACGUGAAGCUCUUCAGGCAAAGUUCGACUUUGAAUGUUUAUGCCCUCUCUGCUCCCUACCGCUAGAGCAGAGCCAGGAAAGCGAUAGGAGAUUGGAUGAGAUUCAUUGCUUGGAUGGUGUCAUCGACCAACUCGGCACAGAGGGGGUUUUGUCAUCCCCCCUCCGGACCCUCCGCUACUUUGAUCAACAGGUUCUUCUCUAUAACGAGCAAGGAAGAGAGGACGUUGGUUUAGCGCAGGCCUAUGUCAACGCCGCUCAGAUUGCCAUCGCUAAUAGCGACUUGGCAAGAGGACGCAUCUUCGCGGAGAGGGCGGUAUCUGUGUGGAGGACAGCCCUAGGCGGCGACAGCACACAAGCGAUCGAGAACGGAACUAUAGCACGGGAUCCCUCUAAGUACAUUCUAUAUGGAGUUUCAAAGAAGUGGAGGACGACAGAAGAUGAAGCCCCAAGCGGACUUGAAUCGAGCGACUUCGAAGACUGGCUUUGGAGGAGGGAGAAACCAAAAAUCCUUGGACAGCUGGCGAAUCUGCGGAGCCGCGCGACCUUCCCAGGGUUCAUUGACCUACCCGACGAGAACGACGUUGACCCAGAGUUCUAUGAGAGCAGCCACACGGGUCGUUACCGACCACGGCGCCAUUGGUGCUUCUUAGGCGAGAUUGUGGAUUUCACCACACUCCUGCGUCUGCAGAUGGAGAUCAAGGAUGUCGACGGUACAACCAUUCCACUAUAUUUCUAUACCGAUAGUCGAGGUAGUGAGCUGGUACCUGCACAGGUUCAAAAGGGGUACACGGUCGCCAUUCUCUACGCAGAGCGUCACGCAUUUAUGUUUUGCGAGCCCGGCAUCCGCCAUGAGGAUCCUCAGAUGAUCAAGAUCUUUCCACUAUCACUGCAUAAAUUGCUGGUUUUAAACGACCAGGUCCAACAGUUCUCAACAGAGCUUGAUGGUAUCAGAAUGUGUCACGGGUGCGGUAAAAAGGCAGCCUCUCUGCAUCGGUGCAGCAAGUGUUCGUCUUUCUGGUAUUGCGGCAGGGCCUGUCAGGUAGCUGGCUGGAACGAGAAAGGCCACAAGUCUGAUUGCAAGUUCCUCAAAGAUCCCGAUUUGCGAGAAUUGUUCGUUCUCAAAUGGGACGAAUUUGAUAACCAUAUUCGAUUUCCUCUCCACGCUACAAAGGACUAGUUGGGCUUCGCGAUGCUGUG